CGCCAACGGCAGAAGAAGCACCGGCAGUUGCACAUAUUAUAGCAACAAGGUGCUAGAAGCCGACGAUCACAUCCUUGGGUCGCACAAGCGGCGCUUUUUGGCCACUAUGGCUAUGCCCACCGCCGACGAGCCCAUUCACGACGAGGGGUGCACGGCGGUUGUCCACGAUGUGUGGUCUGAGCUACUAAGACCUGUUCGCAAAAACUUUUGCGACGAUGACUUUUGCGAUGAGAUUCACUUUCUGAAGCAGAUCAACGGCGAUUUCUUAGGGAACAUGGAGCUCAAUGGCACCUACCCGGUUCUCGCUGAAUGCGGAAUUGCGCGUUUUAAGUGCGGACCUCAACAGAAGCCUGCCGACGACACGAAUUAUGGCAUCCUCGGCGACCUUUACGACGAGCCCUCUAACCCCCUCGGCACCCCUAUUACUGGUUGCGUACACAGGCGGUAUGUGACUGGACUGAUUGGCUCUCCCCUUACUGAGAUCACCUCUGCUGGGGAUCUGGCAGCCGUUGUCGUGGAUAUCAUGGAGACAUGCCGCCAAAUAUAUGCAGUGUCCGGGUACGUACACUUGAAUCUGUCUCCAGAUACAAUGCGGUUCCGCCGUCUGGAGGAUAACAGUAUCAGGGGGAUGCUUUUGGGCCUUGAUUGUCUUGCCAGAAGGGAAAAACCGAGUGCUGCUCAUCCCAAUGGCAAUCUUGGCACACCUCAAUUUUUGAGUGUGAAUGCCAUUGAGCGCAAUUCAAACCCAUUGACCGAGCUCGACGAAUGGGAGUCGCUGAUCUACGUUCUGCACUCUGUGGUGCUGCACAGGUGGAAGCGCCUUGUCGAGACCGAGACCAAGACUGAUGCUGAUGUCGGGAUCGACACCGAGCUGGACAAUAAUCUGGCGUAUCUCAAGCGAUGGGACGAGAAAACCAAGUCUUUCGACUCCAGUGCCAAGCGCGAGUGUUUAGACAAUAGCGCCACUUUUGCGCGUUAUUUAAAUACCCUGGACGACACCAUUCCCGGGUGCAGAGAAAUCAAGGAGUUGCUGAGUGACUUGCGCGGAGCUCUUAUUGAAAGCCGCUGCUAUCACAAGGACGCCGUUGGCGCGUUGAUUCGGGAGAGAAAAUCCAAGGAGGUUGACCCAUUUAGCGAAGACCCUGUGGAUUUGUCACCGAUGGUUGAUCCGUUCCGAAUUCGCGCUGACUGGGUUAUCCAAAUUGCCAGCAGGCUGAAAGAUAUACUUGCUUUUUAUGCGGCCAACUUGGGCUAAUGGUCCGCGCCCUAAGAGCUGAAUACUAAUUUAGUUAUAAUUUUAAUUUAUUAUUAUCAUAUAGUUCAAUUCAAUCCAAUAUUA